GCCGCCCCUGGCCGUGCACGUGCGCCGAGCCGCGCUGGGAUUGGCUGAGCAGUGUCUCGUGCCGGAUCAGCUGACCCGCGCCCACAGCAGCGAUUGGCGGAGCGCGGGGGCCGGGCCAGCGCAGCCCCGGGAGCGGCGGUGCCGCCAUGUCCGGCGGGCCGGGCCCGGCCGGGCCCCUCCGCUCCCCUCAGGGCCUCGACCUCGAUGCGGAGCGGGAGAAGAUCCGCCGCGAGAUCGAGCAGCUGGAGCGCAGCCUGCAGCCUGGCGGGGCCGAAAUCCAGCUGGCGCUGUCCGACUCCAGCCUCAUCUCCGAUGAUGAUGAUGCAGAUGAUGAAGAGUCUCAUGCUGAAAUGGAAGUGGAAAUAGGAGAAGACAGCGAUGAUGAUGAUGAUGAUAUUGAAAACCUGCCCCAGAAUCCAGAAACCUGCCUGCAGAUGAACCAUGUGUACCAAGAGGUUAUCAGGGAAAAGAUUGAGGAAGUGGAGCUGCUCAUUGCACAAAACAAAGAGCAGCAGAAGGAAAUCAUGUCUGAGCUUGAUGGUUCAAAAACAGCCAAGGCAGGAGAUGGCAGAAAUCUACCAGCAAAUGUUUUUUUGGGUCAUUUUAUCAAGCCAUACUUUAAGGAUAAAAUAACAGGAAUUGGCCCUCCUUCCAAUGAAGAUGCCAAGGAAAAGGCAGCUCAGGGCAUAAAAUCCUUUGAACAGCUGCGUUCAACCAAGUGGAAGACUGGAGAGAAGAUGCUGCUGCAGAAAUCCGUGGUGAGCGACCGCCUGCAGCGCCUGCUCCAGCCAAAGCUGAUCAAGUUGAGUUAUUGGAACCAGAAACUGGAGAAAGUGAAGACUGAAAUAGAAAAACAGAUCUUGGAAAAGCAAAUCAAAGAAUUGGAGCAAGAAAUAGAAGCAAUUAACCAACUGCCAGAAAGUGACUUAAUAGGAAACAGAUUUGAUGAGCAUGACUGGGACAAAAUUUCAAACAUCCACUUUGAUGGACAGCGUAGCUCAGAAGAACUGAGGAAGUUUUGGCAAAAUUGGGAGCAUCCAAGCAUCAACAAAAAGGAAUGGACUGAGGAGGAAAUAGAGAGGCUGAAGGAAAUAGCUGCUAAACACAACUACCUGGAUUGGCAGACCAUUGCCCAGGAGCUGGGGACAAACAGGACAGCUUUCCAGUGUUUGCAGAAAUACCAAAUCCAUAACAAAGAUUUAAAAAGGAAAGAAUGGACCAAGGAUGAGGAUGAGAUGCUUUCAGACCUCGUUCAAGAGAUGAGAGUGGGAAACCAUAUCCCAUACAAGAAAAUUGCUUAUUACAUGGAAGGAAGAGAUUCUGCUCAGCUGAUUUACCGCUGGACAAAGAGUGUGGACCCCAGCUUGAGGAAAGGACCCUGGACAGCAGAGGAAGAUGGUAUGCUGAUGGCUGCAGUUCAGAAGUACAGGGAGAAGCAGUGGUACAAAAUCCGGACAGAGGUGCCGGGCAGGAGCGACGCCCAGUGCCGGGACCGGUAUUUAAAAGUAUUGCACUGGGAUGUAAAGAAAGGCAAGUGGAGCCCGGAGGAAGAGGAGCAGCUGAUUGAACUGGUUCAAAAGCAUGGCGUGGGUCGCUGGGCUAAAAUAGCUUCAGAGCUGCCACAUCGGACUCACUCUCAGUGCCAGAGCAAGUGGAGUCUCAUGAUUGGCUCUAAGAAGAAAAGAUCUGAGGCGACCAAACGGCGCCACGGUGACGACAGCUCCAGCCCUUCGGAGAGCAGCAGUGAGGAGGACAUGGAGCUGGAGCUGGAGGACAGCUCAGACGAGAGGGAGAGCAGCACCACGAGAAGGGAGGAGUGUGCAGUCCCCAGCAUUGACCUGUGGAUACCAACACACACAGACACGCAGGUGGCAACUGCAGAGAGAUACACAAUCCAAUCCCUCCUCUCUGGGGCAGGGAGCAGCUGCAGAGACUUUGCAAGGGCAGGAUGUGACAGAGGAGGAGCUGCUGAUCAAUCCUGCCAGCUGACCACCGUGCUGAAGGGCAUUGCACACCCCUAUGCCACGGACGUGCUGGUGGAGAAUCCUGCAGAAGUGAUGGCCCAGGCUUCCCAGAGUGGAAAACAUGUGCUGUGGAUAAGCCUGGAGGAUGUGAGAAAAAUAUUAAAGAGUAACACGAGGUUCCAGAGGAAACUGAUCGUAAAACCUCCUGGCAGCCUCUUAUCCCAGCCCCCUGGAGUGGCUGCAGCAGCUGGGCAGGAUGUCCCAGGGCUGUCAGAGAGAGCUCAGCGCCAGAUCAAGGAGCGCUGGAGGAGGCUGAGCAUGGACAGGAAGCUGCUGAUGGCAGUGACCCCGUGGGUGGGCAAUGUGCUGCUGCCCUGCACCAUGCAGGCUGGGAGGAUGCCUUUCCACCACACAAAAGCUGCAGCAGUUCCUGAGCAGAUGAAGUCAGUCAGCCUCACCAGCACUCCCCUGUUUGCACUGCUCAUUCAGCUCUUCCAGAUUGAUACCAAAGGCUGUAUGAAGAUUAUUAAGGAGAGGAGGCUGAGGCAAUUGGAGCUGCUUAAGGCUAAUCAGGCUUCCCAAAAUACAGAGACUACUUCAGGCAACUCAUCCCAAGCUUCUUCUCAGAGGAAUUCCCAACAGGGCAUCCCGAAGAAUGCCGGCAGGAAAUCUUCUGCCUCGAGAGCCUCAGAGAGCCGUGCCCCAGCUGUGCACAGAGCUCCCCCAGCCCUGUGCCAAAGGCAGAAGCCUAAAACUGUCUCGGAAUUGCUGCGAGAGAAGCGUUUAAGGGAGUACCAGGCCAAGAGGGCCGUGCAGAGGACAGUUCUGAUUGCCCCACAGGUGCUGGUUACAGGGCCUCUGAUAAUCCAGCACCCACCACAGCAGAUCAUUCUGUCUGCACAAGCAGGGAGCAAACCUGCAGCAGCUGCUGGGACAGACAGCCAAGCACGGGGCUCACCAGGGCCCACAGAGACUUCUGCUCUUGUGCCUGAAAACCAUUCCUCAGCAGUGCCAGAAAAUGGGAAAAGCCCCGGUUGCUCACAAGGGACAGAUCAACAGUCAAGAAAGAAACUAAAAGAGGAAGCUCUGGAAAGCAGCCCUGGAGGAGGGGUUUCUCCAGGUGUGAAUCCAGCUGCAUCAGAGAAGGCCCCAGACCAGGGAGGGUGCAAUGGUCAGGUCACAACCAAUAGCUCAGCUUCAGCAGUGCUGCAGAACCAGGCUUUUGUGCCUCACCAGAUCACAGUGGUGCCUCUUGGCGUGGAGUCUGGCCAGGUGUCCCUUUCCACACCAGUCACCUGUGAGCUGAAGAGGAACCGGCCCCAGCAGAGGCCAGUCCGCCUGCUGCCUGCUCUUGUCACUCCCCAAUCUCCCCCUCCCGCGAUUCCCAACAGCGUCCUGCCCUUCAGGUGGGUUGUAACCCCCCAGGGUGUGCUCCCCAGCACUGUGCAGACCGUGGUGGGUGUUCAGGAAAUGCCAGCUGCUGCUGGGACAAGUCAGUGCCACACAACUGUGACUUCUAACAGCAACGUCUCUGGUUUGGGAGGGACUCCUGAACCAGCUGGAGCAAAUCCACCUCCCCGCAGCAGAGCAGAGACAAAAGGGCCAAGUUCCCAGCGGGCAGGGGCUCCUGUAGGAAAGGCAGCUGAGCAGUCCACAGUUCCCUCACCUGUGACCUCAGUGAGUCCUGGAUGCAGCACAUCCAGUGUUUCUGCUGUGACCCCUGAGUGUUCAGAGCUCUCCUCCGUGGCUCCAGACUCCUCUGCAGCUCCAGCUGCCAGCCCAGCCCUGUGUGCCGUGGUGCUGCCCCAAACACAGCCCCCUGCCAGCUCUCAGGGCUCUGAUUCCCAGCCUGUGCCCAGCCUCACCAGCUUGGGAAGAAGCAGUGACUCCAUCACAACAAAUGGAUCAUCCUUCAUUCCAGACAGCACCAGGCCAGGAGCUGCAGCUCCUCACAGCAGUGUCCCAAGGAGCUCUGGUUGCUCUCGUGCCCAGGCACGGAGGAACAGACCCAUUGCCUCCAAACCACCGAGUGCUGACGUCCCCCCACAGCCAAGCACUUCCAGGGCAGAGAAGAAUCUCCUUGACUUCAGCCUCAUCUCCCUGGAGGACGAGGGGCUGGUGAAGGAAUGGCUGAGUGGGAAACAUGGGGUUCAGGUGCCAUCACUGCAGACCAGGCUGCCUUAUCUGCCACCUUUCCUCUGCACCAUAAAAACCCUUUCCAAGCUCCUUGUGCAGAAAGCAGCUCUGGAAGAGCAAGCAGCCUCUCUCCUGCCCUCUGAGGCCGGUGGGGAUGGGGGCACUGGGGAUGUUCUCCAUGCUAUUGGAGAACUGGUGCAGCAGAAACUGGGUGAUAACCCAGCUUACCUCCUGCUGAAAGCCAGAUUCCUGGCAGCCUUCACACUCCCAGCUGUCCUGGCAACGCUGCCUCCUCCCAGAGUGAGAACAACUCUGUCAGCCCUCAGGAAGGAAGAUGAGGAGAGUGAUGACGAGGAGUGGCAGAGUGAGAAAAUGUCUGAGGAAGAGAGUUGUGGGAAUGAAUUAUCAGGAGUACGGGAGGACUGGAAACUUGAGGAUGAGCCUGGAGACAGAGAUGCUGAUUUACUAAAUCAGGGCAUGAGGGCUGAGGAGAGCCCUGCUCUGUCUGCCUUGGGCUCCUGCACUGAUGUGGCUGAUGCUGGUGCUCCCCAAAUCAGGAGAAGUGCCCGCUUCAGGAAGAGGAGGAGGAGGAUAUGAGGAGAAAAUGUGUUAGUAGCUCCUCGGUGGGGUCACUGGGAUGAGCUCUGCCUCCCUGCAUGGCAGUAGGAGAUAAUCUUUGCACUGGUCACUUUUACCACCUCCAAUGCUCACUGGAUGGACCUGGGGAAGAAGAAAAUGCUGGAUUGAUUUUCCCAUCCCUCAACAAAACCUGCAUCUGUAGGCAAGGCAUAAAAAUGAAAAGAACUGGCUGGAGGGAAAUCUUUCAGGCACAGACUUCUGCUCUUUCAAACUCCCACCUGCCAUAGAUGCUGAGGGGGAAUAUUGCUGGAAAUGUGGGGGAACAAGCAAUGGUGGUUAUUUAUUUCUUUCUUGUGUUAGUCCCUAUUUAUGUGAAUGUUUAUCCAUGUUCAGAAUAUGGUAAUUGAGUGUUUUUUAGUGUUGUGACAGUGGCUUUGCGUGGUAACUGACUGAAUACUGUGGAAAAAGCAGCAGAUUACUUUUGUAUCAAAAUGACUCUUAAGUAUUUGUUGAAAUACAGAUGUUUUAUUUUUCUCACUUAAAAAUUA